AUGGGAAAGAAGAAGAAGUCAUCAAAGACAUCAACUACAAAUACACAGCCGCCGACGAACAAUAAUGAGAGUGAUACUUCAUCGCCAGCAGGCUUCAAUCCUCUGGCAAACCUAACAGAGAAGCAACUCGAUAUGUUCAAUCAGUUCAAAGAUAAACUAAAGACAUUGGAUCUUACUGAUAAAGAGAAAGCAUGGAUAACUGAUAUGAUGGUGUUGAGAUACUUGCGCGCUCGUGAAUAUGACUUGAAUGCAUCGUUCAAUCUGUUGAAGGGUACAUUGGAAUGGAGGAAGUCUUAUAAAGUUGACGAGAUCACUGCCGAAUAUCUUAGCUAUGAGGCAUCCACUGGAAAACAAUACUGCUAUGGCAAGACCAAAGAUGGUAAACCAGUUAUAUACAUGCGUCCAGUGCGUGAGAACACAAAGAACUACGAGCGACAGAUACAACUGUUGGUCUACACCUUGGAGCGAGCAAUUGAACAGAUUGACAACUCAACAGAGACUGGUAUUGAACAAUUGGCUAUAUUGAUCGACUUUAAUGGCUACUCAUUGUUCAAUGCACCACCUUUGUCCGUUUCGAAACAGACAUUGGAGAUAUUGUCGGACCACUAUCCAGAGCGCCUGGGCACGGCAUUUGUCGUCGACCCACCAAUGAUAUUCAACAUACUGUAUAAUGCCAUCAUGCCCUUUGUCAACCCGGUGACGGCCAAGAAGAUUGUGUUUGUCAAGGGUGACAAACAGAAGCAAAAGACCUUUCCCCUUCACUUUGAGUUGGAACAGCUCGAGAGUCCGAUGACUGGCACCAGCGACUUUGUCUACGAUCACAACAUCUUUUGGCGCAACGAGAUCAUCCAAGACAGAAUCAAGCGAUCACUUCCAGCAUUGUCCGACGACGAGAUGACUGCUGCAUUGGAAAUCAAGAAC